UUCUCUCUCUCAAAUCAAUGUACAGAAAAACAAAGUCCGGAAGCUUUUUUAACCUAUUUCACACGAAUCAAGAACAUAAGGAAUAAAAAAAGAUCAACAAGAAUCAUCCGAUUUGUUAUUUUGUAGAUUUGAUACAUCAAAAAAGAUCGAAUAUUAGGAUUGAUCUUUUUUUUUUUUUCAUUCUUUGAUUUUAUUUAUUUUUUGUAAUUUGUUUGAUUUUUUUUUAUUUUAACUAGGCCUAAAUUAGUAAAUUUUGUGGCAGUUGAUGAUCGGUAUAAAAGAUCGGUGACUAAAGUUGAUAAUAUUAAUUAGAUUGAUUUUUGUUUGGAGUUUGAGAAAUUUUGGCGAUGAAUUUUUUGGUUUGUUGAGGAGGAGUUUCUGAACUUGUUGUUGUAUGUAAAUUUUUGAUUGAAGUAAAUAAUUUAGAAUCAUCACGAUGCCUGAUAGUUGGAAGGUUAAGAUCAAUGCCUCUCCUGAUAAUCUUCAAGAAGCAAUGUGGCGAUUGAAAAUCCAGGCACAAAAUGGUGUUGUUGUUGCAAAUUCAAAUCUCUAUCCCGAUCGGCCAGGUGAACCUGAUUGUAUUUAUUAUAUAAGAACAGGAUUAUGUGGUUAUGGGAACAAUUGUCGCUUUAAUCAUCCUUCUUAUCCAGGGCAGGUUGCUCAGUACAGAGGGGAACUUCCGGAAAGAGAUGGACUACCAGAUUGCCAGUAUUUUCUCAAGACUGGAACUUGUAGAUUUGGAGUGACAUGUAAAUACAAUCACCCACGAGACAAAGAUGAUGCAAGAAAAAUCCAACUAAACAUGUUGGGAUUGCCUAUUCGUCAGGAAGAAAAACCAUGUCCACAUUACAUGCGAACUGGGGUUUGUAAAUAUGGGUUCGCCUGCAAGUUCAAUCAUCCACAGCCAGCUGCUGUUGGAUCUCUGCCACCUGUAACUGGAAAUGCCUCUUUUGGAUCCACAGGCUCAUCAGUAGCACCUCCAUUAUCGGGUUUACCAUAUGUUGGUGGAAUUCCAGCAUGGACUUUACCAACAACUCCAUAUUUAUCUGGUCAUCCUAUGCAAGGUCCUCAAGCCUACAUGCCUGUUGUUCUUUCUUCUUCUCAAGGCAUUAUAACUGCACCACAAGGCUGGACUUACAGUGAAACUGCAAACCCUGUGUCAUCAACCAAUGUUCUCGGAUCCAAUUUCAUCUACACCAGUAAACACCAAGGCGAAUUGGGUAUCAAUGGGCAAGUGCACAUGUUGCAGACUCCUGCGCCCCAAUUCCCUGAGAGACCUGACCAACCAGAAUGCCAAUACUACAUGAAGACUGGAACCUGCAAAUUCGGUCCCACUUGCAAAUAUCAUCAUCCAAGAGAGAGGACAGCUCCUUUGGCAACUAGUACAUUGAGUCCAUACGGAUUGCCACUGAGACCUGGUCAAGCUAUAUGUACCUUUUACAGUCUCUAUGGAAUCUGUAAGUUCGGUUUAUCAUGCAAAUACGAUCACCCAUUAACAGGAUUAUAUAACUACAACUUGGGCAUGCCCGCUCUUUCCAUACCAGAUCCUACCUUUUCUUACAAUAGAAUCUCAACAUUGGCUGGCUCAGAAGAGAAAUCUCCCUCCAAAUCUUCAAUAUCGCUUUCUGACCAGAAUGAAGAAACUGAUACCACAAGUAUCAAACAUCAGUGCAUGGAUGCCAAAACAUCUGAAGAACCAAAACAACAAGCUGUCUCUUCUGUAAACACUUCAACCACUUCACUUCAAUUGCCACUAGAUGCAUCUGAGUAAAGUUUUUUUUUCUUUUUUUCUAAGUUUUUUUUUCUUUUUUUCUAUUUUGUUUCCAUUUUCUUUUAUGGCUUACAUUUUGGGAAACAUUUCGCAAAAGGUGCCUCCUAUUCCCCAUUUUCACCUGCAGUUCUGAGUGUGGAAUAGGCUAAAUGGAGAUCCAUAUGGUGGGUGAAGGCAGGAGGCACUGAAGGCUUUCUUUUUUUGUGGUGAAUAAAUUGCAGGUGAAAAAGUUGUGAGUUACCGCGGGCAACAACUCUUUUGGUCUUCUUAAAAACAAUUACUACAACUUAUCUAUGGUUGAUGAAAAGAAUAGCAUGUUAUAAUUCCCGUA